AUGGACUUCACAGACUGGGAACCUGAUAGGUUUAAAAUAUUACUUGAAAAAAUUGAAAAUAUCUCAUACUCCGCGUCAGAGCAGAGUUUAAAAGAAUUAAAUUACCAAUUACAAGAAAGUAAACCAUGGUUCCUUAAUUUACUUGAUUUACCACCUCAGAAUCCAACACACCGUAACCAAUUGAAGACUCGACGUACUGCAACCAUAAAUCAAAGAGAAUAUAGGUUUACGGAAGAAUUUGUUAUUGAAGCAAAUUCAAUAUCUGAUUUUCUCAAGACUGAUGAAUUAUUCGCAGCAAAUCUUUUACAUCAUGGAACGAAUCAAUGCUCAAGAUAUGGUAGACCGGCUGCUGAAACUGCAAUUUUAAUUUUACUUAGAGAACAAGGAUAUUUAUUAGUUUGUUUAUCAAGUCUUAUUGGAAAUUCUUUUAAUGAAGAUAUAAAAAUUUCAGUUAGAGAUUUAUUUAAAAAUUAUAUGGAAGGUUUAUUCAAUGUAACAUCUAAAAUAACCAAAGAUGGAUCAUUUGCACGUAAGUUGAUGUCAACUAUACAAAAGCUCAAAUCGGAAGUAAAUGAACUUGAUUCUCGAUUACAACAACUCAUAAGUCAAGGUCCUACUAUAAUCUCUCCCAAUGAUUUACAACUUCUUAAUGUUGGUUAUAUUUUGGUCAAUUUUAAUACUGAUUCUAUUCAAGAUAGAAUUAAACAAUCUUUAAUACAUCAAAGAUAUCUUGCACAUAGUUUAUGGUUAAUAUCAUAUAAUUACCUUUUAAAUGUAGAAGAUAUAAAGGAAUUAACAAAAUUAUUACAAAAUUCUAAUACUGAAGAUAUUGUCUUCCCAUAUUUAAUUGCUUCAUUAUUAUCAGCUAUUGAUACUUCUCCUGAACAUUUAUCUAAUGAUUUACCCGCAAAAAAGAACCAUGAAGAAUUGAUUCGAAACAAAGAUUUUAUUAAUAAUUUUACAAAUAUUGUUAAAAAAGAUCAAUGGAAAGUUGAAGCUGCUAAAUCAACAAUUAUGAUUCAAUGGUGUCUAUUUGUUUUAGAAGCUUUACGAAAUUCUCCAACAUUAGAACCUCAAUUAAUAAUUAAAGAAGAACAUUUGGGAGAAAUGUUUCAACGUGCCGUAGUUAAAGACGCUUUUCAAUUUAUAACUCAUUAUUUACUUUCAUUUCAAAAAACGGAAAUGGAAUCUGUUUAUAUUGAAAUUGCGCCUAGUAUAUCAACUGUAUGGGAAAGUAAUAGUAUUGAAAAUGGUACACUUAAUUUUACUUCUUCUUCUUCAGGAAUGAUAUCAAAAAUUGACAAUCAUAUACGCGAAGAUUUCGGAUAUUUUCUUCGUAAACAACUUGAAUUUUUUGUUACAUCAAUAGUCACUAAAAUGUGGACUAAUUUACAAAGGAUUAGGCGACAAGAAGAGGAUGCUAUUCAAUCGGCAGCUGCUGAAAAAUUAGUUCGAACAAACACUAAAAAAUCCAUCGUUUUACGUCAUGAUGUUGAGGCUUUCUUUAUCUUAAUAGCAAAUAUCUAUCGAAAUCAACCUGAUGAAGGUCUUAGAUUCUGGAUAGAUUUAAAACAAAUAAUUAAUUGGGGUGCUAGUUUUCAAGAAAAAGGGAUGAUGCGUUCAUAUCUGGAAAUGCUUUGUUCAUUAUCUGCAGGUUUUCAUUCUGCUGCUCGUGCUGACGAUUUUCUUUUACGUGGUUCAGAUGAAAUGGGUGAAUGGUGUUCUUGGUCUACUUUAUUAAGAGCUUUAGAUGCCUAUAAUUUUGGAAUGAAUCAAGAUAUUAAACAAAUCUUGGAAGAUGAAGUUAAACUUUUAAUCUCUUUUCUAAGAGUUUUUCAACAAGUUGUAAGAUAUUCAAGUAAUGCAAGAAUACGAUUUUUUCACGCCAAUACAAUUAGGAAACUCUUUCGUUUAGUAACACAUCAUGUACCUACAGAGUUAAAAGCAGAAUUAUAUAAUGCAAUCGCGGCAUUUUGUGUACCAGAAAGUGAAGGAUUUUCUGAGAUCUCAUUACAAAUUUGGAAUAUAUUGGAAGAAGAACAAAUUGUUCCUACUGUUCCUAAGGACCUAAAGUUUGGUACAUCCACUUAUUGGGGUGUUUCAAAUAUGCAAACACAAGAUACUUGGGCUAUUAAAAAAGAACUUGAAGAAGUGGAAUCUCCCAAAAAGUUAUUCUUUCAAACAUUAUCCUUUGUACGUUUUAUUAAUUCUUUGAUUUAUGUUCCUGAUACAAAUGUUUUUCUUCGAUCUGGUUUCCCUGUUCGUUCAUCAACUAUAAUUGAUCAAAUUGGAGUUGGUUAUCGACAACCUGGUAUCAGUCCCUACAUCAAUUUUAUAAUAGAUGAUAUUUUUAUCAAAGCACCAACUCGUGAUUACAUGUUUCCUUUGCAAAAAUGGAAGAUUAUGGCUGCUUCCUUAGAAAUUAUUGAAAAAUUAUUAAUCUCAUUUGAUUUGACAGGUCCAUUAUUCCAAAAUGAUCAAGUUUCUUCUUUAAAAUCAUCCGAAGAAAAUAAAUUAAAUAAAGAUGAAAUUAGUGUUCUCAACAAAGAUUUUAUUCAAUAUUUGAGAAAUCAUUCAGGGUAUGACUUAAUGAAAAGGCUUUUGAGUAAUUCUCGAUUAGUAUAUGUAAUAUUUGAAAUUAUUUCUCGUGGAAUUGAAACAUUGGCAGAUGAAGAAAUCAAAACUCCAUUCAUUUCUGAAUCAGUUUUACAUUGUUUAAAGAUAAUUUGGGUCGCAUUGGAAAAGCAGGACAGAUUUUUGAAAAAAAUAGUUCCUUUAGUAGGUGAAAAUUCGCCUGGGUGCUUCGAAAAUGCAUUUCUUUCUAAAAAAGAUAUUAUUGUUCAAAUUGCAUUAUUACUUAAUUAUAGAAAUCCCGAUAUUUGUUUUUAUUCUGUCAAGGUAUUAUCUAGUCUUGCUAGUUCUUCAUUAUUUAAUUCAAAGGAUAGAUUUGGUGUAGAAAGGGUUAAUAGAUUAUUAGGGAUAUUAGAUUCUAGUCCAGAUUCAGAAAUGAUUCUUAGUGGAUUUGUGUCAAGAUUAGAUUUAAAUGUCGAUGAUGAUAUGUGGGACAAUAAAUAUAAACUUGAAGACUUUGAGUUAACACAAGUCGGAUUAAAAAUUUGGUCCUCGCCUGAUGAGGAAGAAUAUAGUGCGGGACCGUUAACUUCUGAAUCAGGGAUAACCUUUGGAAGUGUUAAAUGCGCAAUUUUAGAUCUCAUAUUAGAAAAUAUGAUGCCUGAUAAAACGAUACCUACGAUAUCCCAUUUUCUCCUUGGCUUCGAUUUUCGUGGUUCAUUGCAAAAUCCCGUUAUUAAAUUCAUUAAUCAAGACGACCUUAAGGAAUCAUGCUUACACAAAAUCAUGGAAAUUCUCGGCCAACCGAUUCAUAAGGAAUUAGAUAAUUUCGAAGAUAUUGAACUCUUGUUUUCGAAUUAUUCAUCAAUGACAGCUUGUUGUUAUCAAAUUCUAUAUAGACUUUGUGCAGAACAUAACACUUCAGAUGUAACAAUGAUGUUUCUUCGAAGUCAAGGAUUUUUUGAUAAGCAAUUUAAAGCAAUUCCUUUACAGAUAACUAUACCAGAAAAGACACCUGAUUGGAGAGAGUCAUGCACUCUAAUAAGUUAUGAUGGUCAAACAAUUGAGUUAGAUUUAGUUACAUUAACUUCAAAUAUUGAUGAAAGAACUUAUUUAUUGAAGAUGAUUGCAUUGGAAUUACGUAAAUGCAAAACUCGUUCCGGUAUUGAAAGAUUACUGAGUAUGUUACUUGGUAUCAAUUUGAUUAAAUCUCAGGAGGAUGAUGAUAUGUCAGGCAAAUCCGAAAUCAAAAUUCUUGAUGUUUUAAAUAUGUUAGAAUUUGAAUGGAUCGAUUCAUGGAAGAUAAAUGAACCUCAGCGAGUAUAUUUUGAUAAGGUUAAUUUUAAGAAUUUAGCAUCACGUAAUGAACGAGGAAUGUCUUUAUAUAGAUUGCGGGAUGUUUUCUCAGAAUUAAAUCAAACCUAUACUUAUCUGCGAAAACAAGCACAAAUGGGAUUUUCGGUAAAUGAAACUAGCUUACGCAAAGAGAUGAAACAUAUAUUACGAUAUUGUUACUCUUACAAUCGUGAGCAAGAAUUUAUAUAUUCUAGGUUUGAAUGUUUUAAAGCAUGGAGGGAGGUUAUUGAAGUGAUUAUAGUCAAUCAUUAUUCUCGUUUACGGAUAGAAGUUCGAGAAGCUACAUUUCAUGACAUUUUAUCCGUUUUAUUGCCAACUUUGCAACAUGAGUCUAAAGCAAUUGCUAUUAUUAUUAGCAAAGUUAUAUUCGCAGCAAUUACAGUUUUACGUUUAGAUCGUAAACGGUUAUCAAUUCUACAAAGUAUAAGUACUUCAAAUCUUGCAUAUAUGAGAGUCCCUUCCGAUCGACUUUUUUCUAUAUUACGAUUGAUUUUGGAAUGUCUUGUUCAAGAUUUUCAACCGGAUGUUCGAAAUAAUUUGUAUGCAACGAUUUAUAAUUAUUUGCAUUAUAUAGACCGCGAACCUGAUAUUACAACAGGAUUACCGCCACAAAGUGAUUUAACUCGAUCGAUUCCUAAAAGUGAGAUAACACGACCAGGAUAUUCCACACCAAGAAAUUUACCGUCUACUUUAACAACUUCAAUUCGAGCAGAUCCACGAUCUGUUCUCGAUGCUGGUAAUCUUGGAGCCUUUAGAAGUGCAGGUGAUAGAUUAUUAGAUAUUAUUCGUAUAGAUGCAUCGGAAGGACCAGUUGCAGGAAAAUUAUGCGCAUUGAAUGUCCUAACAGCAAUUUGUAGUUUGGACAAACGUGAUAAAGGACUUUUUGUUAUCGAUUAUAUGAUAAGAUCAGGAUUUCUUGGAAAUGUUGUUAAAAAUUUGAAAAGUCAAAAUGAAUUAUUGUUACAAUCUAUAAAGUCUCGACAUGAAAUUGCUGCUAUACAAGCAAAGUACGUAUUUGAAGCCAGAGUUGGACUUUUGAUAUGCUUAGCACAACGCAGAGAUUGUGCCAUUAAACUUAGAGAUAUAGGGAUUAUAGAUUAUUUGGACGAAUUAAUUUUUCUUGACGAAAGACCAAAUUACAGCAAUCCCGAGCCAGCAUAUCAUGACCUUUUGAUGUUAGUGAUUCGUCUUAUAGUCUGUAUCCUUACAAGUAUAGGGCACGAUAGUGCAACCGCAUUAGUUAAGGUUGCCAAAUUCAUAAGCGGACAUCAAGGCUUGGUUUCAGAUAUUUUCACGGAUAUUCCUCCCAUGGAUGUUUUGAAUUCUCAGGAUUACGAGAAGCGAGCCAAUUUUAUUAUGUGUAUCGAAGUCUUAAACGAGUUGACUCGCUUAUUUUAUCUAUUAGGAACCAAAAUAGAAUCCAUUGAUGAAGUUCGCACUGAAACGCAUCAACGCACUUUUCAAGGAUUCCUGAAAGAAUUAAUAUGCCGAUUUUUUACUAUUAGGAAAAAGAUAUCAGAUUUUAUAGAAACUGGGGAUUCGGAUAUUCAACACAUCCAAGAACAAAUUUAUAGUAUUAAUCGCAAUCUCUUAGGAUGGAGCCAAAUAAUGACAUUAACCAAUAAGAAAAAUCAAGAAUUUAAACCAAUAUUUACUUCGUCCCUUGAGGCUGCUAAAAGACCUGAAGAGGAAUAUCAUGGAGAUAUGAUCAAUUAUCUCCGUAUUUCUAUUGAUAUUCUUGAACAGGAAUUACAAAAUCUUAAGAAGUUAUCAUUCAAACUAGAAAAAGGGGAAGAGAUGUUAGAUGUUAUUGAUAUUGAAGAGGCAUUUUCAUCUUUACCUGAUGACUUAACGUCUGAUAUUGACGAUAUUCAGCGGAAAUCUUUAACAAUUCGAGCCUUGCAAGAGCAUUAUUAUGAAACAUCGAAAAAUGUGUCGCAACAUUUAUAUGGAUCGAAGUCGAAACCUUUUGAAACACGUCGAAAUGUUUCAUCACACACAACGAGGGAUGCAGAUAGAGUGUAUUUACAAAAGAAUGCUAAACAUGUUCUUACAGAUAUUUUGAAAAAGUUAGAAACCUUGGAUCAGCAACCGACUUCUAAAGAAAUUGUUGACCGAUUUAAGAUGCGUAAUGAUUAUAUUCAAAUGUUGGUUCGAAAAUUGCUUCGUUAUUUGAAUUAA